AUGUCAUCUGAAACUACAACAGUUGUUCCUUGGAAGAACUUAGGAAAGUCUGGUUUAAAGAUCUCCAACAUCAUUAUUGGAUGUAUGGGGUUUGGUUCAAAGAAAUGGGAUCCUUGGGUGAUUGAGGAUAAGCAAGAAGUCUUCAAGAUCUUGAAAAAAGCUUACGACCAUGGUAUUAGAACUUAUGACACUGCUGAUAAUUACAGCAAUGGGUUAUCAGAAAAGAUCUUGGGUGAAUUCUUGAAGGAGUACAAAAUUCAAAGAGACAAGGUUGUUAUCAUGACAAAGUUCUGGGGUCCUACUGAUGAUGCUUAUCCGGAAGGUUAUAAGGGGAUUUUUGUUGACUAUAUUGGCUCACCAAUUGAUAAGAUCAAUUUUUUAAACAAUAGAGGUGCUUCUAGAAAGCAUAUCAUGGAUGCUGCUAAGAAUUCUUCUGAAAGAUUAGGUACUUAUAUAGAUGUUUACCAACUUCAUAGAUUUGACAAAGAUACUCCAAUUGAGGAAACUAUGAAAGCUUUGAAUGAUGUUGUUAAUGCUGGUUAUACCAGAUACAUUGGAGCAUCAACCAUGAGAGCUGUUGAUUUUGUUGAAAUGCAACAUGUUGCUGAAAAGAACGGAUGGCACAAAUUCAUUUCAAUGCAAAGUUUGUACAACUUGUUGCAAAGGGAAGAUGAAUCUGAAAUGAACUACUACUGUGAUAAGACUGGAGUUGGUUUGAUUCCAUGGUCUCCUUUAAUGGGUGGUGUUCUUGCUAGACCUGUUCCAAAAGAUGAAUCAGAAAAGACUGAAAGAAUUAAAACAUCAAUGUUUACUGUUUUUUUCAAGUCAGCAGAUCUGACAAUUGGCACAAAAGGGCAAGACUCAGAUAUUGAAAUCGUCAAUAGAGUUGGUGAAAUUGCAAAGACAAAAGGUACCUCAAUGGCUGCUGUUGCAACUGCGUGGGUGAUUGCUAAAGGUGCUGCUCCUAUUAUUGGUUUCACUACCGUGGAAAGAGUUGACGAUGCUGUUGAGGGUGCUAACUUGAAGCUCACUGAAGAAGAAAUCAAGUAUUUGGAAGAGCCAUAUCUUCCAAGAGCAAGAGUUGCUUAA